ACUGACUGCAGGCAUUAUUUUUGUUCUGGACCUUGAAGUUCAAUCCUUACCCCUCGUCCUGACUACCUCUUUCUUUGCUGGCUUCAUCAUUGCUGUAUUUUUCUGCAAUUCAUCCCCUUGAGAGCUAUUCCAGUCGCUGCUGAUCAUUUGGGGCCUGACACUGUCCUGUUGUAUUUACAUUCAGAAACGUGCAGUAAAAACAAAAUCAGAAGACACUCAUGAUGUCUUUACCUUUCUACCAAAGACACCAUGAGCACUAUGACCGUGCGUACCGCCAUAAAGCGCUGCAGUCGACUGUAAGCCAGUACCAAAAGGAAACAAAGAGCAAAUCUGCUGUCUAUGCUCAAGGAUCUACAGCUUAUGCCAGGGGCUCAGCAGCCUAUCGCCAUGCAUCUGCAGCAGACUUCAGCCUUGACUCUUCAGCAACAUAUAGUCAUGGCUCUUCAGCCUAUGACCUUGAGUCGGCAGCCUACAGCUACGGAUCUACAGCUUAUGAUCACUCUGCCGCACAAAGUAAAAGAUCAGCUGCCUACAGUCUUGACUCUGAGUCCCUCAGCAAGAGCUCAGCUGCCUACAGCCGUGGAUCCGAAUCCAUCAACAAGCUGGCUGCAGCCUACAGGCUGGGAUCUGAGGCCUACAGUCUCGGACUGAAAGAUUCCAAUUUAAUGAUUGAAGAUCAGUCCUAUAAGAUGAGUCCCAAAGCGAAGAGAGCAAAACAGAAUUUGGUAUCUGAGGACAAAGAGAAUGAAGCCGUAGACUACUCAGUGCCCAUAUUCACAGGACGAGAAGUGAGUAUCAGCGGGAUCACAGACACAGAAGAAGAAAGAAUUAAAGAAAGUGCUGCGUAUGUUGCCAAGAGGAACCUUUUUGCCACAGGGGAAGGAGUCAGUGUCAGCAAAGUGGCCAAGUCAACUUCUGAAGAGGAACACCAUGAAAAAAAAUCACGGAAAGUAGCAAUCCGGGAGUCUGCUGAGCGCGUGGCCCUGAAGAAAACGCUAGAAGAGACUCAGGCAUUCCACAAAAAGUUGAAUCAAGAUAAACUUCUACAUGCUCCUGAGUUUGUUAUUGAGCCUCGUUCUCACACUAUCUGGGAAAAGCAGAAUGUCAAAUUUCAUUGUUCCGUGGCUGGCUGGCCAGCACCCCGUGUUACAUGGUACAAAAACAACGUGCCCAUCAAUGUACAGACUCACCCUGGCAAGUAUAUAAUUGAAAGUCGAUAUGGGCUGCACUCACUGGAGAUUACCACAUGUGAUUUUGAUGACACUGCUCAGUAUCGGGCCUCUGCUAUGAAUGUUAAAGGAGAAAUUUCAGCUUAUGCAUCCCUCGUGGUAAAGAGGUACAAAGGAGAAAUUGAUGCAAGUCUUUUGUAUGCUGGAACUUCUUCCAUGCCUAUGGGCUUUGGCGUUACACCUCAUGGCUAUGCUUCCAGGUUUGAAAUCAGCUUUAGUGACAAGUUUGAUGUUGCCUUUGGGAGAGAAGGAGAGACAAUGAGUCUGGGUUGCACAGUUGUCAUCAGUCCUGAUAUCAAGCGCUUCAAACCAGACAUUGAAUGGUACAGAAAUGGUGUUCUUAUUACACCGUCCAAAUGGGUCCAGAUGCACUGGAGCGGAGAGCGAGCUUCAUUAACACUGACUCAUGCAAACAAGGAAGAUGAAGGUCUUUACACUCUGCGAGUGGUGAUGGGAGAGUACUAUGAAGAGUACAGUAAUUAUGUCUUUGUUCGAGAUGCCGAUGCUGAAAUCCCCGGCGCCCCUGGUGCACCACUGGAUGUGCAGUGCUUAGAUGCCAACAAAGAUUAUGUCAUUGUCUCCUGGAAGCAGCCCGCUGUCGACGGAGGAAACCCCAUCCUCGGAUAUUUCAUUGACAGGUGUGAGGUUGGCACCACACACUGGACCCAGUGCAAUGAGACCCCCGUGAAGUUUGCUCGUUUUCCUGUCACUGGUCUGAUUGAAGGCCGUUCCUACAUUUUCCGAGUCCGAGCUGUGAACAAAGCUGGCAUCAGCCUACCAUCCCGGGUUUCGGAGCCUGUGGCUGCUCUGGAUCCUGCUGACAGAGCCAGGCUUAGAAGUCACCCUUCUGCUCCCUGGACUGGACAGAUUAUUGUCACUGAGGAAGAACCUGCAGAGGGUGUUGUUCCUGGUCCACCUACAGACCUCCAAGUUAUUGAAGCCACCAAGAACUACGUUGUGCUUAGCUGGAAACCUCCUGGACAGAGGGGCCAUGAGGGUAUCAUGUAUUUUGUGGAAAAGUGUGUUGCUGGCACAGAGGACUGGCAAAGGGUGAACACUGAGAUCCCUGUGAAGUCUCCUCGCUUUGCAGUUUUUGAUUUGGCUGAAGGCAAAUCCUACUGCUUCCGAGUUCGCUGUUGCAAUUCAGCUGGAAUUGGUGAGCCUUCAGAAGCAACUGAAGCCACUGUGGUAGACGACAAACUUGAUAUUCCCAAAGCUCCUGGCCGUAUUAUGCCAAGUAGGAAUACAGACACCUCAGUUGUUGUCACUUGGACAGAGCCCCCAGAUGCCAAGGAGCUGGUUGGGUACUACAUUGAGUCAAGUGUAGUCGGAUCUGGUCAUUGGGAACCAUGCAACAACAAUCCUGUGAAAGGCACUAGAUUCAUUUGCCAUGGGCUCAUCAACGGUGAGAAGUACAUUUUCAGAGUCAGAGCUGUUAAUGCAGCAGGACUCAGUGAAUUUUCACAGGAUUCGGAGCCUAUAGAAGUGCAAGCAGCCAUUGCUGCUCCAUCUCCACCUUAUGACAUCACGGUGCUUGAGAGUGUUCGUGACUCGAUGGUAUUAGGAUGGAAACAACCCAAAGCCACUGGUGGAACUGAAAUUACUGGCUACUACGUGAACUAUCGUGAAGUGGUUAAUGGAGUUCCUGGGAACUGGAUGGAGGCCAACAUCAAGGCCAUCAGUGAGAGGGCAUACAGGAUUGAAAACCUGAAGGAAAACAUGGUGUACCAGUUCCAGGUGGCUGCUGCUAAUCUGGCUGGGGUUGGGACACCCUCCCUACCCAGCCAACCCUUCAAAUGUGAAGAAUGGACCAUUGCUGUUCCUGGGCCACCCCAUGAUGUCACAUGCAUAGAAGUUAGGAAGGACUCUUUGGUUUUACUGUGGAAGGAACCAGUUUAUACUGGUCGUAGUCCCAUAGCUGGUUAUUAUGUUGAUAUGAAGGAAACUGAAGCAAAGGAGGAAUGCUGGAGAAGUGUCAAUGAGAAGCCACUUCAAAAGAAAUACUUGAAGAUAGGUGGCCUAAAUGAAGGUGUGAGCUAUGUGUUUCGUGUGCGGGCAACAAACCAGGCUGGUGUUGGGAAACCAUCAAAUGUCACAGAUCCUGUCAGAGCUGAAACACGACCAGGAACCAAGGAAGUGGUGGUUGAUGUAGACGACAAUGGAGUAAUUUCCUUGAACUUUGAAUGUGAUCAGAUGUCUCCAAACUCUAAGUUUGUUUGGUCCAAGAAUUAUGAACCAAUUGAGGAUGACUCUCGUCUGAACAUCGAUACCAAAGGCGGAAAGUCAAAAGCAAUCUUUAAGGAUCUUGGAGAAGAUGAUUUGGGAAUUUACUCUUGUGUUGUUACAGACACUGAUGGAGUUUCAUCAAGCCACACAAUUGAUGAGGAAGAAAUGAAACGCCUACUUGCUCUGAGCCACGAACGCAAAUUCCCAACUGUUCCACUUGCCUCUGAAUUGGCAGUAGAAAUUUUGGAAAAAGGUGAAGUGAGAUUCUGGUUGCAAGCUGAAAAACUGUCUGGCAAUGCAAAGGCCAACUUUGUAUUUAAUGAUAAAGAGAUUUUCAAUGGAGAGAAAUAUAAAAUGAAGGUGGACCGUAACACUGGCCUUAUUGAAAUGAUUAUGGAUAAGCUCGAGGACAAGGAUGAAGGCACUUACACUUUCCAGCUGCAGGAUGGAAAAGCAACCAAUCAAUCCAGCCUUGUCCUCAUUGGUGAUGUAUUCAAGAAGCUGCAGGAUGAAGCAGAAUUCCAGAGAAAAGAGUGGCACAGGAAACAAGGUCCUCAUUUUGUGGAUCAGCUAGGAUGGGAAGUUACUGAUGAAUGUAAUGUGAUGUUGAAAUGCAAGGUGGCUAAUAUUAAGAAGGAAACACACAUUGUAUGGUACAAAGACGACAGAGAGAUAAUGGUAGAUGAAGAACAUGAUUUUAAAGAUGGCGUGUGUACUCUGCUGAUAUCAGACUUUUCUAAGAAAGAUGCUGGCACGUAUGAAGUCAUACUGAAGGACGACAGAGGAAAGGACACCAGUGAGCUAACACUCAAGGACACAGCUUUUGCAGAUCUGAUGAAUGAAGUAUGCAGAAGGAUUGCUUUAUCUGCAACAGAUCUGAAAAUCCAGAGCACAGCUGAGGGUAUCAGACUGUACUCCUAUGUUACUUACUAUGUGGAAGAUCUGAGAGUAGGCUGGGUGCACAAUGAUACUCAGAUUAAGUUUACAGACCGAGUGAAGACUGGUGUCACCGGGGAGCAGAUCUGGUUACAGAUCAAUGAGCCGACUCAACAGGACAAAGGCAGAUACACAAUGGAGCUCUUUGAUGGUAAAACGACACACAAAAAGACAGUGGAUCUUUCUGGACAAGCAUUUGAUGAAGCCUUUGCUGAGUUCCAGAGAUUAAAGCAAGCUGCGAUUGCAGAGAAAAAUCGUGCACGGGUACUUGGAGGUUUGCCCGAUGUUGUCACCAUCCAGGAGGGCAAGGCGCUUAAUCUUUCUUGCACUGUCUGGGGAGAUCCUACUCCAGAGGUGUCAUGGCUGAAGAAUGAAAAACCAUUUGUAUCAGAUGCCAAUUGCAUCCUGAGAUUUGAACAUGGAAAAAAUGUCAGCUUUACCAUUUCUACCGUGUCCACACACGACUCUGGGAAAUACAGCAUUGUGGUGAAGAACAGUUACGGCACAGAGACCAGCGAUGUCACUGUAAGUGUGUACAUACCUGAGGAAGAGAGAGAGUCUGAGCAAGAGAAAACAAAAGAUAAGAAAACUAAAGCGUGAAUUUAAGACUAGGCAACAGAAGUACGGGGGAGAUUUUGGAUGAUAGGCUGACAUAAUCUGUGUGUGUAAAAGGCUUUCUGCUUUAGCAGGCAGCCUUGGGUUUUUCCAUUUGCUUCAGUUUUGCUUCUAAUAGACUUAAUUGUGCCAGAGAAAACAGGGCCUUUCAUAUUUUCUGACUGCUAACUUCACAGAACCUAGCGGUAGCAUCCUCAGCCAGGCCAAAUGCAUGCUGGCUGUAAACACAGGUCCACCAUUUGACCCUCUUCCUGGGCAGUUUGACCAUACAACACAAAUGGAAAGGGUGAAGAGUCAUUUCAGUGGAGGUAAUCUAUGAGGUAUAGUAGAUGGAAAGAUAAGAAAUGAUUGAGGCCUUUUUGAGUAGAAGUUUAGAUUGGUUCCAACUUUGUUAAAGUAGCAUAGAUGGAACGUGUUAGAGAAUUAAAUUGUAGAGAAACUAGUGCUGAUUUUGUCUACAUUAAGGCCGCCUUGUAUUGCUGUGUUAAUUUAGAGAGGCCUUAAUAUGGGUGUCAUUUACAUCCAUACAUGUUGUUUAAUCUGCCCAAUUGGGGUAAAAGUACUGUAACAUAAAUGAAAAUUAGGCUUAGGAGGCCUGAACACUAAUGUGUGUGUAUGCGUGUGCGUGUCUGCAAAUCUGUACGAACUCUCCUCUAUGUUCACAAAUAAACUGGAUUCACUUCUUUCCUUCCACCACAA